AAUUGGUCAAAGAACAUUAAAUUUCGCAAGACUGUGAGAAAUAAAGGGAAAUAAGAAUUACUUUAAUUCUUUUUAUUGCCUCCCUUGGAAUUGUGUACCAAGCAUGGCGUCGAAGAAGCCAGUCCAGAAUCUUCCUCUUCAUGAAAUGGAUACAAAUUUGAUGUUUGAAAAAUACACAAUUCAAGAAAUACGUGAAAUAGAGAAGAAGAAUCGACUGGAUAUAGAACGUAAGAAGGAAGAACUGCGCAUAAUGGUUGGAGAAAGAUACAGAGAUUUAAUUGAAGCUGCUGAUACCAUCACAGACAUGAAGAAAAGUUCCCAGAAUGUAAUGAACUCAAUCUCGAAAAUUGAAGAACUCUGCAAACAAUUAAAACAGAAUCAUCUUGCAAAAGGAACUUCUUACAUCCACCGACCUUUAGCUGACAAAAGCAGAAAACAGACAGAAAACCACUUCUAUAGUGUAGCUUCACAGAUCAAGUUGCUUCUUGAUAUGCCUGAAAAGAUGUGGAGUGCUGUAGACAGCCAGGAAUUCCUUCUUGCUGCCCAGGCCUUCUUGUUGUCCCGUCACGUUCACACUGGAUUGCAGUUAGAGGCCCAAUGUUCUGCCAGCAUAUUAUCAUGUUUCCCUGUACUCAGUCGACAGUGGACUGCCAUCAGUCACUUCAAAGCUACUAUUCUUCAGGGAUGCCGCAAACUGUUAAGAGAAGUGAAUGCAACCGACCAACAAAUUGCAGAUGCACUCUGCUCCAUCCUUUUAUUGGAAGAUUGUACUCCACGACAAGUUUUCAAUGAAUUCCUUUUGGCUAGAACUAAUGCCGUUCAGCAAUUGUUCCAUGUUUCCCAGCAAGGUAUUGGCAUCAAACAACAGAUAUGCCUUGUGGUUCAACUAAUUGUAAAGACAGUGCACCAGAUAUAUACAGUCUUCUACACUUCAGACAGUGAGGUUCCAGCUUCCGGUGAGGAAUCUUCCAACCUUUACAGCAUUUUGGAACAUGUAACUAAAACUACACCGAAAAGUAUAGGACUUUUAGAUCAAAUAGGCUCAGUCUCUGCUAAUUAUCUUCCUAACUCUGUGAUAGACUUCCAUCCAACUCUGCGUGCAACAGUCACUGCAAUCUCUGUGCAACACUUACAGGAAAACUGUCAGCAGUGGAUUGAAUCGUGCAUCCAAAGUGUGAAGGCAGGUGUUACUAAACUACUGGGCUUUGUCAAUACAGUCAAAAGGUUGGCAGAUAUACGCAAGGCUGUAUGGGAUCUCCUCUUACAGGAAACAAAUUUUCCCAAGUGGCAGAUGGUAUGUGAGAAGAUAUUUAUCAACGGCCAGGUGAUGUCUGUUUGGUCAGUAUUUUUGCAGCCCCAGUUUGUUGACAGAAUAAAAAGCUUGAUUCAAUACCAGUUGGAUUCUACGGCUGAACUAACUAAGCGCCAUCUUUCCAAAGUUGUCAUGGAACUAGCCAGCCCAGAUGAAAGGUCAAUGUUUGCUGAAGUGGAUCUGGCAAAAUUUAUUUGGAUUGAAUCUCCUGCAGACAUUCCACCAAAUACAGCCUGGAUUCCAGCUAGUCAGAAAACCCUCAGCUCUGGUGGUGGCCUUCUUAUGAAAGCCUGUACAUACACUCCAACUAUACAAAGCCUAUGUAAAACAUUUAACGACAAGUUGAAGACCAUGUUGGAAGAUGUUACACCUUACCUAAAUGCAGAAGGUGAAACAUCCAACUCGCAGCCAAGCCCCUUCGACCAGUUGGCUGACAGUCCAGAAAUAAAGGGGUUCGUCAAGAAAUCUACAGAGAACUGUAUAAUUCAGGUUCUGGAGUAUAUCAGUGAACAAAUGCAGCUAUGGAAGAAGUCUCUAGAAGAAAUACAAGACCAGAUCACUAAUGAAAUCACCAUUAACAAAGUGAUAUUGGUCGGACGCUUCUGCUACGCAUUAACUGACCUUUGCCCUCAUUUGUACAACUGCAUCACGGCUGUUGAAAACUCAGAGAAAGAGAUAAAGUUACACACAUUGAAAAGUAAAGCUACACCAGUUGACAGUGCCUGGGAAAAUAUCCAGUCCAUGUUAUCGGAACGUCACCUGGAUUCCUGCCAAAUUUGGGUAACCUACACUUCUUCUUCGCGAAUACAACAAUUCCGUAAUGCUCUCUGCACUCAAACAGCAUCUGACAUUAUUUCUACUAUAACGAAAUGGGAUGAAGUAGAUAUUGAGGAAGAAACAGAGACUGGUGAGAGAAUCAAAUCAACAAUCCGAGUUCCAAUGCAGGCAUCACCAUUUGUACAGAAUCUACUCUAUGCAACAUGCCUGGAGAUUAACCGAGUGUUUGGUCAUGUGAUGAAAAGACAAGUUCUACAGGAUAUGGUUACACAAAUAUUUGAUGGAGUUCUUGACUGCUAUGAACAUCUCUUGAAGAACACACAUACCAAACAUUUGCCACUUACUCCUGACACAUUGGCUCUUAAUCAACAAAGGGCCCUUCAGCUUCUGUUUGACCUCAAGUUCAUUGCUUUAAUUAUUCCACCUAAAGGAGACAAAACUGUGAACGUGAAGAAUCGGAUCAAGAAAAUAAUGGAUCAACUCGAAGAAUACAUCGAUCCUUUUGAUCUUGAUGUAUUUACUCCGUACGUACAGUCUCAUUUACAGAAGACCUCACAGAGAACUAUGGUAAGAUUAACUGUUCACUACAUCCAAGAUACACUGAGGUUUCAAUCAUACAACAUUAAUCAUAGAAUAUCCAGAAGAUCAAUUGUUUUCCAACCAUACAAGAUCAUUCAAUAAUUGUGUUG